AUGCUUAAGCCAAUUACAUCUUCUCAAAACGAGAGGUAUAGUUCUAGCACCACAGCUCAGGAAAUAAUCAGCAACUACUCAUUCAUUGCUCAAGAUUGAUUUAAAGGUGCAAAAAAGCCUCAAGAAAGCCAAAAUCAAUCGAUCGUCCAAUAUCAGUUGGAUAAUAGUGGCAUCCUUGUCUACGACUCCCAUGCAAAAAUGUGCUUUUCACAUAACGACAGCAUGAAAAUUACAGGCCCACUGCCUCCUCGUCAUAUUUCCCUAUUAAUUCAAAGAGAGCUCGAUGAAUAUUACGAUAAAGGUAACCAUUACAUAGACAGGCAGACUUUUAUGAAUCUUUGUGAUUUUUCUCAAACAAAGCCAAAGAUAGAAGACCGCAUUUUAAUGGCACCAUCCAGUGUCCUCAAAUUCGAAUCGAACUUUGAAAGUGGAAAUUUAAGCAAAGCUUUAAAAAUGAACGAAAACGAAUACAAUCUAUACCUUGAGUAUGAUGUAAAUACUCAAGGACACACUCAAUGAUACUAUUUUUCUGUAAGAACUUUCAAAGAAAACCACACAGUGAGGUUCAAUAUCGUCAACUUGCUUAAGUAUGAGUCUCUCUAUAACGAAGGUCUCAAGCCUUUGGUGUUCUCCUUGAAAGACGCAGAAAUAACUGGAGUCACUUGGAAAAGGGGAGGGUUUAAUAUUUCUUAUUACCAAAACUCUAUCCCUAUACAAAACGCUGAAUUUCACUAUACCUUGACUUUUACAUACACUUUUGCUCAUGCCAAUGAUUUGAUCUAUUUUUCCCAUUCUUAUCCAUAUACAUAUACCGAUCUAAAUAAAGACCUUGAGGCUAUUAAAGCCAAGCAUUCCGAUAAAUGCAGAAUUGAUACACUGUGCAUGACUUUGGCAAAUAACCCUUGUCCUGUGCUUACUAUCACUCAUAAUGUAGGAAGCUUUACACCAUGAGAAGAAGAACUUACCAAGAUAACGAAAACUGCAGCUGGGAGAAGACUGAUCAGAAUAAAAGAAAUACGAAAAGGUGGUAAGUAGUAAGUAGGAAGAAAACGAGCACUCCAAGAAGAAAGGAGUUGCACUCACCGCAAGAGUCCACCCAGGAGAAAGCGUAGGCUCAUACAUGCUUAA